AUGAGUACGUCCCCCUACAAUCAACAACAACAACUACAAAUUCCCGAGAAUUUCCACUUUAUGGCCACAUCACUGCCUGAAGCAGCUGUGGUUCCACACACGAGCUCACGAUAUGGUAAUAGAUUAGACAAUCGUAAACUUCGGGCAGAAUUGCUCAGAGAGAAAACGUUAAGGGAAAAUGUUGAGAGGGAAUUGGAGCUGCAGAAAAAGGUGGUAUCGGAUAUGACUUAUAAAAUGCAAUGCGCUUACUUCAUGAUGAUGCAAAUGCAGGAAGCAUUUAGGUUAAAUAACUGUAAGCAGAAUCUGAUGCUAGAAAACUCCAAACUGAAAGAACAAAUUGCAAAUUUGGAGAAAGAGAACGCACGACUAUCAGAAGAGCUGGAGAAAAACGAGAAACAUACAGAAUGUGCUAAUAUGGAGGAAAACAAAGAAGUCUUCAAUGUGAACGAGAUGUACAGCCCCAAGAACGAACUGCUGCUGAUGGCCCUGAACUACGACAUGACAAGCAGAAAAUCUCCACAGGAAUCCAAGUGCUUUUCCUGA